CAGUCAGUCAGCGGCCGUCGCACGAGAAGGUCGCCUCUAUCGCCACCUCCUUCCGCUGCCUCUCUCUCCCUCCUGGACUCUGUGACUAAGCGACCUGUGCUAGUGACUUGAACGCUUUACAUACCGAGUGCCGAUUAUUUAAAGGCGAUAACGAGGAGAUGGGAGGCGGCACAGGCAACAAAGGUGGAUACAAGGUAGGAAAAAAUGAUGACGCUGAGGGGAUGUGCAACAGCGUGGCGUCCCUGGAGCCAGACCCGCGCUACUCCGGCUGCUGCUCCAACAUCUUCCGCCCAGGCCGCGUGGUGAGGGAUAUCGUGGUGGGCGCCCUCGUGGUGCUGGGCGUGGCGGUGGUCGUCGCCGUAGUGUUUGUGGUGUGCUACUUCUUCAUCCCUGUCAAAGCCGAUGGUGAGGCGCCCUUGCUGGGGGAGGAGAGUGCCUUCCAUGGGGUGCCAUAUGAAACGGAGGCCAACCACAACAACAUCAAUGAAGUGGUAUUCCGAAACAGCACCAGAUAUGAUGUAGAUCCCAUGCUAGAGAGGAUCAAGGAGGCAGAACACGAGGAUCACGGCCACGGUCAAGACGGUCACGGCCAUGAUCACGAGGGUCACAACCACGACCACGACCACGUCCACGAGCACCAUCACGUUGGCCCUGUCCCAGAGCCUGACUCUGAGCCUGAACCAGAGGCAGAAGCUGAACCUGAACCAGAACCAACUGCAGAACCUGAGCCAGAGCCAGAGGGUGAGCCCACAGCUGAGCCAGAACCAGAAGCCACUGCUGAGCCAGAACCAGAACCUGAGUCAGACCACACUCACUCUGAAAUGAGCCACGACCACACUCACCCUGAAAUGGACCAUGAUCACACACACCCUGAAAUGGACCAUGACCACACCCACCCUGAAAUGGGCCAGAAGCAUGGACCAGUUACUCAUGAUCACACUCACCCUGAGAUGGACCACAAUCACACCCAUCCUGAGAUGGACCAUGACCAUACCCACCCUGAGAUGGACCACAAUCAUACCCACCCUGAGAUGGACCAUGGCCACACCCACCCUGAGAUGGACCAUGGCCACACCCACCCUGAGAUGGACCAUGGCCAUACCCACCCUGAGAUGGGCCAGGAACACACUCAUGAACAGGGACCAGUAACACAUGACCACACUCACCCUCAAAUGGACCACGAUCACAUGCACCCUGAGAUGGACCAUGACCACACUCACCCUGCUGAAGGCACACCGGAGGCUGCGGAUCCCCAGUGUAAGGACCAAGGCUGCAAUGCGCACCCUGUCCCUGAGGCGUCUGAGUCUGAGGUGACCCUUGUUCCUGCCACACACACUGAUGUGGAGGAGGGAAGUUUGCCCCCUCUCUUUGAACUCUUUAGCCCAAGGACCCCUGUUGAGGAGGCUGCACCUGAGGGCUCUGAGGGCACCCUGAAAGAGCUGGUUGUCCCACAUGAGCACACUCAUGAGGAAGAGGCGCAUGCUGAGCCUCACCCUGAGGUCCUGUCCCCAGUAGAAGAGACUCAGGGCAUCACUGAAGAAGUACCUCAGGGUAAGUGUCAGCCACGGCAGCUGGAGAUGUGCAGUGACCUCCCACACACACUGACAGGCUUCCCUAACUGGGCUGGAGAUCAAACUGAGGAGGACAUGCAGCAGACAUCUCUUCCCUUCCUGAGGGAUGUGAUUGUGAGGUCCAGGUGCUCCCCAAGGGCAAAGGAAUACUCUUGUGCCAUCCUGGAACCUCCCUGCACCUCAGAUGGCACCAUCCUGCCCCCCUGCAGGACCUUCUGCAAGUCUGUGGCUGCCACCUGCCAGGAGUUCAUCACCUCCAGGUUCAGCCUCAGCAGUGCCUUCGAUUGUGAGCAGUUCCCGGACUCCUCAGACCCCAGCGUGUGCUUUGACCUGACCCAGGCUGAGGGAGAGGAGCUGCAGCAAACAGGCCCCACUCCUGUCCACCACCCCCCUGAUGCACCCCACCAUAGCAUCACAAAUGAGGACUUCUUCCCAAACUCUCCUCUUGACCCCCGCACACUCCCAAGUGAGGCUCAGGCAGACUCUGAGCAGCCACACAGAGCCACACAGAGCCACCCAGCCUCAGAGAGCGAUGUGCCACCUUUGGUUCUCCAAGAUGAGGAUUAUUAUCCUGACUACCCACAGGAGGGUGUCAUCAACCUGGCUGUGAAUGCCAACAGUCCUAUUGAAUAUCCAAAUGAUUUCACUGAGCCUGAGCUUCCCACUACACUGCCCAGUGAUGUUGCUCAGAACCCUCCCUCUAAUUCCGGGAGCUUUGCUCCUUCUCCUGCUGCUGAGGAGUCCUGCAGUCAGGAUGAGUUUGGGUGUGUGGAUGGUUCGGCCUGCUUACCCUCAGAGGCUGUGUGUGAUGGCAUCCCACAGUGUGGCGAUGGGUCGGAUGAAGGAGACUGUCAGCGUGUGGGGUGCAACACAGGAGAAUUCCAGUGUGCCACCACCGGCCAGUGUGUCCCUGAGUCGUGGGUGUGUGACGGGACAGACGACUGCCGAGACAAUUCUGACGAGACUGACUGUGACCUGCCCCCCCUCCAGGAGCCCUCAUCAUCCCAUGCUGAGGAAGCACCUCCCCUUGAAAAUCUUACCCCUCUGGGGCAGUUUCCCCUCCCUGGGGGAUACCUCCAGGACGUUUAUGGGGGUGAGGAAUAUGAUUUCAACAAGUUUGGAGGAGGAAAUUCUUUUCUUGAUAAUGGCAAUAAUGGAUUUCCACCCAGUGGUGUAUCUAAUGGAAUAAACGGAUCACACACAAGAGAUUAUGCCAGAGAACUGUUCCCAGGAGAAAGUGAUGAGGGCACAUUUGCUGCAGCCCAAGAGGCUCUGGUGAGCCUGCCAAACACUGGGAAUAACACCCAGGGAGGCCCACAGGACAGAGAGGAGUUGGAGACUGACAAUGGAGACUCAGAGCCUGGCCAGGAAGGAGCCAGGGAACCAGGAAACAUUCGUGUUGAGGAUUUUGAAGGAUAUGAGUCAAGGUUGCCCUUUGAUAGCCAGGUGCAAGACUUUCCACAGCAGCCCUACCAGAGUGACACCACUGUGCAGGACUUCCCUGAAAAUCCUGCCCAGCCUGAAUUUGGUCUGUCUGACUAUCCUGAAAACCCUUCCCAGCCUGAAUUUGGCCAGUCUGACUAUCCUGAAAACAUUAAUCAGGCUGACUACUCAUCCCACACCUUCCCUGAGGACACCAACCAGGACACCCACCAGCCUGACCUCAUCUUGGAUAAUUUUCCUGAUAGUUUUGACCAGUAUGAUGAGACACUAGAGGAAGAACACACCCAUGCUGCCUCUGAUCAGUCCCAGAAUUAUGAUGUGCUCAGCCAGCCACCUUAUUAUGACAGCUUUGGACAGAUUACUGAUCAUAACCAGCCUCCUCCAGUCCAGGAUGAGUCUCAAUCACUUACAGAGGAUGAAAUACAGCCUUCCUUCAGGGAGCUUCCUUCAGAAAUAGACUACAACCAUCCUCAGCUCUUGACACCAGAAGAAUCUGACACUUCACCAAAGGAAGUAUCACAGCAAGCACCACAGGAAGCAUCACCAGAUUAUACCACUAACACUAAGGAGAUUACUGUUGAGGCCACAGGAAGUGAACCCACAGAAACACUCCAGGACCACCUCCCUCAGGAACACUCUCUGCUGGACUAUGAGGAUGAGUCUCCUUACUCCCCCUACCAGCCACCACUCCCUGCAGACUUUCCUCAGCCAGCCAACAGCCCCACUUCCCUACAGGGUGACCAGACGCCACCAUCACCACCUCCAGCAUAUGAGAACCAAGAACACAAUGAAGAGAGUGUACCAGAGUCUGUAUUGAAUGAAGACCUUGAGAAUGGUGGGGAGUCAGAGCAAACCCUGAAGUCCAUUGACAUUGCUUUGCCUGUUAUAGAUUAUGAUGAUACCCCAGACACUGCUCCCACCCCCACCACCACCACUGCUGCCCCCACACCCAGCAGAGGCAACAGGUUAAGAGGCAGCACCCGGUUUGCCUACUCCCGCCGCCCCUUCACCCACAGACCUUCGCCCACCACCCUCAGGACUGGUGCACCAGCCAGUGCUCGCCCAAGCCCACAGCCAACUGCCUCUUCCUUCCUCUCACGUCUUCAGAAGUGGCGCACUUCCCGCAUCCCGUCGUAUGAGUCACUGCGAACUCCAGCAGCAAAGGAACGUAUGGACACUGAUGAAGUUGGAGAGGAAGAGCCUGUUGGUGGUGUCAGGGUGUCUCCAAGGCCAAGGGGGCCCCCAUUCCGACGAGGCCCUAAUGGCCCAAGAUCCUAUGGCACUAGACCUACAUUGAGAACCUCCAGGAUAGAUUCAGUCCCUGGAAGCUUUCCCCAGGAAUUCCUGAAGGAAGGAAUUAAACCAGAGGGCACCUUUGCCUCAGAGGAACAGGCUGAAGGCAGCAAUCAGGAAGAUGAGAAGGAAGAUGGUGAACUUGCUGCUUCAGUACUUGCUCCUGUCCAUAUUACAGCACCAACCCAGCGCACAUCACAGUGGCACCCCCCACCACGCAUGUACCGGCGAAACUUUAUGAGAGACAACCUGGAGUUACAGAGGACUCGUUACAACACAAGAAGAACACUACGGACAGGAGAUGAGAUUAAUGAUUACGUGGGAGAGGAGAGAGACGAACGUGUGGCAGAAGCACCUCAGUUUAGCUAUGCCUCUGAGAUACCUGACUACAGCUCCUCAGACUAUGCCUCCCCAGACUACCAAAUGCAUGCCUCACAUUACCCCUCAUAAGUGAUAACUCAAAGAUAAUAACCUAAGGGCGUCAGCUACACACCUCAGCAGACAGUAGUACAGCGCCUCAGAAGACAACAAUGCAACAUCUGUGACGCCAGCACCCAAGGAGGCAGUGGAGGUGACAGAACCCAUCCUGGAGGAGACCACAACCCUCCCUGUGGAAUCUGAGACUGUCACCCCAACACCUUGCCCCGAGCUGCAGUGUUUGGAUGGAACCUGCAUCUCUUUGUCUCAAGUGAAUGAUGGGGUGGUGGACUGUCCUGAGGGUAUUGAUGAGGAGGACUUUGGGGGUCUUAUUUAAAUGAAUGAAUGUGUUUUGAUGGAUAAAUAUAUUUUGAUCAUCCUGUGUGCUUUGAAUUGUUCUGAGAACAUGUGGUGAUGUGUUUUGAUGUUGUCUUUAGAUUUUUUUUUUUCAAUGAGUGUAAAAUUGUGCCUUAAUUGUUUAUAUAUUAUUAUUUUUUUCAAUAUGGCAUAAUGUACUUCUGAUUGACUUAACUUACUCAUACCAGUUUUAUUUACUUGAUUAUUUUUAGUGUAUUUAAUAUUUUUUUAUUUGGUUACAAUCCCAGAAUUUUCAAUAUCAGAUAAUUUAAAAGUACUAUUUCAUGAAUUUGGAUCUAACAUGAUGUAAUUUUUUCAUCUGUUUAUCUCUAUUCACAUCAGUUUCACGUUAUUUUUUCAUUCGUACUUUGUAUUUAAUGCCUGAAUCUAGAAUUUUUAAACAAGGUAACAAAAUGGUGCUGAACUAUUUUUGAACAUGAUUAGACUUUUAUCAUGAUAAUGUUUUGAUAUAUUGAGUUAUAUACACAAUUUUUUUACUUCUCUAUUUUUAUUUUUAUUUAUUAUGUUUUUAUUUAUUUAAAUAUAUGAACUUUUCAAGGCAUCUAUUUUGAAGUUGUUGCAUUCUUUAAACAGAGGCAUACUGACUAAUAAGUGUUUCCUUCUUAUAUUAGAUUUAAUCUAUAAAUAUAUGACGAGAUUAAUUUGCAAUGAAAGAAAUAAUCAUUGAACCUGAACAACAAGAAUCAUGCAUCUUGAUAUCUUAAAAACUCACAAAGCAAACAUAGUGGUGCCUUACACUCUAUAACAAGGUUGAAUAUCUUUUGUAAUAUUCCUUACUUUACACUAUAUUAUACUAUAAUGAAUUUAUUUUUAUUGAUAUAAAAAUUUUAGCUCAUACUUCCUAACACUCAUAUUAGUCUUCUGUAAAUAGUAUAGUCUAUAUAAGUGAAUCUGUCUCUUCCUUCUAACUUUCACAAACCAAAUAACAGUACGAGUAUAGAUAAACUUAGUGAAACUUUCCCCAAGAGUUGUGAAAAAAGGUUGUUUGCUGGUCACAGCUGAUAUCCAAAAAGAAGGCAGUUAUUUUAUUUAUUUAUUUAUACCCACAAGUAUAUGUAUAUGCUGUUCUGAUGGCUUUGUAUAGCAGCGAUGUAAUCUCAGUUUUCAUCAUGGUCCAUUGGGAAUGUUUUAUGAAUUCAUUUUGUACAUUAGUCAUUCUAAAUUUAGGUAACAAAUUGUUCUCAAAAGCUAUGAUUUCUAGAGUCACAUGUUUACUGUAACACUUGUACCUCAGCUGUAUUCCAUCCUUCACUGCAGUAGGAGUCAGUGAAGGAGGUGCUGGGGCGUGAUGGAUGGUGCACAGACGGCAGAUUGUGACAUUGCACCCAACACAUUUCACUGAUCCAUCCACUAAUACAAAUGAUGCCCAAACUCUAUAAAAUUAGUCAGAAUGGAUUAAGUAGACAUGUAAUUAGAGUGGAUAACUAUACACAAAUGAUUUUUAAGUUUUCAGUUACAAAAGAACACCAUCUUAAAAAAAAUCCUGAUGGUAUUCAUAUUAUAUUGAAAGUGGUACUGUGUACUGAAAGAGCUAAACACUGAUAUCUUACAUUGGUAACCAAGCAGAGGGAAGUCUGUGGGUGAAUUUCCUUCUGUAAAAGAAUUAGAACCUUCGUGUGAAUGGUAGAGAAUAUGAGAACAGAGAAGACGUUUUGCUUGUCACUCCACCAUCUUCACUGACUCCCACUGUAUUUGUUCUCAAUACUUAGCUAAUGAUGAAUGUGUGUAACUUUUUCUGUGAUUAACUGUUUUGUGUGUGUGUGUGUGUGUGUGUGUGUGUGUGUGUGUGUGUGUGUGUGUGUGUGUAAGCCCCAUUUAGGGCAGCUCGUUCCAUAUCAGAAAUAAAAAUAUCCUGUAAACAUUC